AAAAUAAUUUUUAACAAUCCUAUAUAAAAAUGGCCAAGCCAACAACAAUUAAGGAUGCUUUGGCUCGCUGGGAGGAUCGCACCAAGCAGGAGGCAAUAUCGGCUCUAGAUAUUGGCUUGCAGUUUCAGUAUCCGCCGAUUGAGAAAAUGGAUGCAACACUCAGCAACCUCGUGGCGUGCCAGAAGUUAAGCUUGUCCUCGAAUAUGAUUGAGAAGAUUUCCGGCAUUUCGGGCAUGAAAAAUUUGCGUAUCUUGAGCUUGGCGCGCAAUUAUCUCAAGAAUCUGAAUGGCAUUGAAGUUCUCGCCGAUACCCUCGAGGAGCUUUGGGUUAGCUACAACAAUAUAGAGAAAAUCAAGCCUAUUGAAGCGAUGAAAGCCCUAAAAGUAUUCUAUAUAUCGCACAAUUUGGUUAAGGACUGGGCCGAGUUUGCACGAAUAGGUGUGCCGCCGAGCCUCAUCGAUAUCACGUUUGUGGGCAAUCCUUUGAACGAAAACAUGGAUACGGCUGUCUUUAUUGCCGAGGCCACACGCCGCUUGCCCAAUCUCAAGAAGCUCGACGGGGAACCCCUCAUACGUUAAACUGAAGUUUGAUUUCUUUGUUUUUACAAUUUAGCACGGCAUGCAAGUGAAAAUAAAAAAA